CACCCGCCCUUCAGCCAAUCAGCGCUCGAGCUCUGCAGCACUUCCUCGAGGCCGCGUAACCAAGCGGGAGCAGCGCGAGCGGGUCGGAAGUCUCAUUCCGAGAGGGAAAAAAACAAAUAAAACAAUAAAGCAACAACAAAUAAACACUGUCAAAGUUUUGCGAAUAUGGACCACCACACAAAAUACUGAACUGCGGAUUGAUAAAGCAGCGCGAGGACUGAUAAAUAAGCGCGCUUAUGGCGGAUUGAGGAAGAGUUAGCCGCUGCUGCUAACGCUCCACACUAGCUCCCUGAUUCAUGAUUGACUGAUUUCAGCGGCAUUUCAGCGAUAAACUGCGCUUUCUGGAGCAUCUGGAAGUCAGAAGUGUGCGCGGUGUUAGUAGAGAGCGUGUUAGUGAGUUACAGGAGGCGGGUGUGUUGUUUUCGGCGGCCGCCGGGCUUGAGGCCUGCUCUGUGAGGAGCUAGCUGAACAGCUCAGCUCACUGGGUUUAACGCACCAGGCAGGUAUAUUCACAGGUGUAACGUUAGACAGGUGAGCAGGUGAAGAUGUCGGCCCAGGCGCAGAUGAGAGCCAUGCUGGACCAGCUCAUGGGCACUGGCAGAGAUGGAGACACGAUGAGACAGCGGAUCAAGUUCACGGACGAGCGGGUGUGUAAGAGUCAUCUGCUGGAGUCGUGUCCACAUGACAUACUGUCUGGAACCCGCAUGGAUCUGGGGGAGUGUGUGAAGAUUCACGAUCUCGCUUUGAGAGCAGAUUAUGAGAUCGCAUCUAAACAGCAGGAGUAUUUCUUUGAGCUGGAUGCCACAGAGCACCUGCAGUCUUUCAUCGCAGACUGUGACCGAAGAACCGAACUGGCCAAAAAACGGCUGGCUGAAACGCAGGAAGAGAUCAGCGCUGAAGUGGCUGCCAAGGCGGAGCGUGUGCACGAGCUGAACGAGGAGAUCGGGAAGCUGCUGGCGCGAGCGGAGCAGCUGGGCGGUGAGGGGAACGUGGAGGAGGCGCAGCAGGUGCUGGAGAAGAUGGAGAAAACACGCACCCUGAAGAAAGAGGCAGAGGACAUCUACCGUAACUCCAUGCCGGCCUCCAGCUUCCAGCAGCAGAAGCUGCGGGUGUGUGAGGUUUGCUCUGCUUACCUCGGUCUCCACGACAACGACCGCCGCCUCGCCGACCACUUCGGAGGGAAACUUCAUAUAGGUUUCAUCGAAAUCCGGGAAAAACUUGAAAAACUGCGGAAGGCUGUGACGGAGAAACAGGAGCGCAUGCGCACAAGGAGAAGAGAGGAACGCGACAGAGAGGAGGAGCGAGCCAAAGAGUGGGAGGUGGAGAAAGAGAGGGAACGCGAGCGGGAGCGCGAGAGGGAACGAGAGAGAGAGCGCGAGCGGGAGAGAGACAGAGAGAGAGAGCGCAGGAGGUCCGUCUUGGUGCUCUGCUUUCAUUUCAUUCCCCCAGAUGUGUGCAAAUCAUAAGCAGGCCUUGAUAUCACAGCUGGAAAAAUAUCUCCAUAUUUAUGUACUUUGCUUCAAAUCAGUGGAGCUCUAAU